AUGAGCUCCUCGAGCGCGCAGCCGGCUUCGGCCACGCGAUCAAAGAAAGGGGAUGCUCCAACUGAGCCAACAGAGACAAAGUCAAGUGAGUAGGAUGACAAUUGCACCACAAACAGGCACGUCUUAGCUGAGCAAGUGUACGCUCUUGAAUUACUUGUAGUUGUCUUUGAAUGGGUGAGCUUGUCUUGUUGCGAAGAAGAGACCUCGACUACCGCCUCGCUGACUGACUUUCGCCACCUCCCAGCCGCUGUUUGGGCUCAAGCAGAUGUUUGACGCGAGCAAAGCCGAGACAAAGUCCAAGGUGGUCAAGUCCGCGCCUUUCGGAGGAGGUCGGUGGACAGUUUUGUUCUAUGCUCAAAGCGGCUUGGAUCAAGUGAGUGCAAGUCUUUCGCCUGCGACGCCUCCGUAUGCCCGCAUACAGUCACUGACCAAUGAAGCCGGUGACUAAAAGUGCUGUGCUGUCUACCUCAAUGCAGAGCCUCUACCUCACGAGCGCGUUAGCCCUCUAGCAGCCAGUGCAUCGGCAGCUUUGGCAGAGAGCAGCAUCAAUGGGAAUAACUAUAGAGAUGGAAGCAGUGCAUCGAGAAACAAGAACAAGAUCGCCCAUGAAACGGACGAAAAGUGGAUCCGUCAGGGCGUGUACAAGUUCACAUUCGAGAUGACCUCAUUGGACAGAUCAGUCAAGCUGGGGACCAAAGGUACGACACCUGGCGCAUUGCUCUUUGGCAGGCGGCUCUAGAAUUGACCCGAGCCUUUGGUCACCUCUUUUCGUGCAGAGGCGCAUGAUCAUGCCUUCUCACACAAGACGAGUAAUUGGGGGUAAGCGUCUGUCCAGUGAUUCGAAAGCGGUGUUUGGCAGACAGAGCUGAACUGAGACUAUGCGUCCACCCCCCGCCCUCCACAGCUGGGCACAAUUUGCAAAGCGAGAUGCCGUAUACUAUACCUGCCCAGCGGUCAAGCAGACAGAUGGUGUCCUCAUUUCUGUGACGGUGACGGACAGCGCUCAGCGACCUUCAGCACGCGCACCAGAGAAGCAUCAUGUACCUCCCGUACUCAUCUCGGCGAUGGGAUCUCUGCUUGACGACCCAGAGCACAGGUAGGUUUUGUGUCGUUGCUCUGCUCCAUUCUCAGGCGCUGACUUUGCUUGCCGUCGACACUAAGCGACGUCGUCUUUCACUUACUUCAGCCUCCUUCACGAAAUGGCCACAAUGUACCUCCCAAAAAGAUUUACGCGAUCAAGAAGGUGCUCGCGCUCCGUAGCGAGUACUUUCGCGACAUGUUCGAAAGUGGCUUCAUAGAGGGAGAGACGGCCGAAGUCUCGGAUGAAAGCGACGAGGAAAUGGAUCUGACGGUUGAGAUUUCCCAUGCUCCCAUAGCAGCGGAUACCACUGCCCCACCUCAAAGAGAUGCUAGGUCAGCUUUGCAGCAAGCGAGUGGCUCUCGUCGUGGUGCGCGCCCUUCGGCAUGCGAGUACGACGCAGCAACAGCCUUUUCCUUGCAAGAGGACAACUCGAACGAAGCGGACGAGUCGUUCAAACGUGGUCCAGACGUGCUCCUCGAGGAUUCGGAUGAGGAUAUGGAUGACGAGGAGGAUCCUUGGGGGUCUCGAGCAGACUCGCCUACUUCGAGCGCGGGUACCGCUGCAGCCGAGGACUCUCGCGCCGUCGGCAGCGAAGACGAAAACACGGACGAAGAGAACGGCUUUGAGGAAGACGACAUUGUCAGUGUCGCUACUCGCACCCCUCUACAGGCCUGUGAAGGCAGCGGCGUGGGACUCAACGCAUCUCAGGAUGCCGCGAAAGAUGCCGUCGACCAUUCGGACGACGCAGAGGAGCCCGAGUCAGGACACUUCGCAGACCUUGCAGCCUCCGAGCGUGGACGAGAGCAGCAUGAUAGCCAAGUACAGAAUCCCGGACGCUCUCACGUGCCUAGUCGGACAUCUUCAGCGCGUGGUUCCCCUCGGCCGUCACGCAAGGGCGUCACUAGUGACAGAAAGGAGUCCGUCAACGGCGUCACGUCGCCCCGUUCGAAGCGCCGUGCUUGUGCCAAGGCGCCAGCUCUGAAUGGUCGUAAACGCCGUAAAGUGGUGAGUGAGAGCCCGGCAGGCAUGUACGUGGCUUUGAGAGCUCAUAAGCACGGUCAAAUAUCGCGUCCUUCAAUCCAGGUCGUCGGAGACUCGGCGUAUUCCACCUUUAAAGCGCUGCUGUUCUUUUUGUACACAGAUGCUGUUGAAUUUGCCCCUCUCACCUCUUCCUUCCUCGUUGCUGAGGUAUCAGACGACACGUCUACCGACGGCACCCUUGUUCGCCCCGCAAGCUCUCUGUUCUUGCAAGAGAUGAACCGCGCUCAUCAGAGGUGAGUCUAGGGUCUCCAGAUUUGCAACACGUAACGAUCAUCAUGCUGACAACGCCUGGAGUGGCGGGUCAAGACGCCAAGCCGUGAUCGACACGUACUGCGCCGAGCACCCCGACAAGCCCGCUCCUUGCUCUGCCAAAGCGAUGUACAAGCUUGCUGACAAGCUCCAGCUUCCAGAGCUCAAGAAACGCGCCGAAACUCACAUAGCCAAAAGCCUCACUACGCAGGUCAGUGGCGCGUCUCCUGCCUCGUGCUUGGCAUGCUUGCUGAUUGCUGGUGCUCUACCGCAGAACAUCGUAUGGGAAGCAUUUUCUGGUUUCAAUACUCGCUAUCCUGAUAUCAUGCACGUGAGUGUCGAUGCGCUCCGCUUAUCGGUGGAUCCCGUGGCUCACCCAAGCAUCACCUUCGGCAGAUGGAGAUUGACUUCUUGCUGAAGCACUGGAGCAGCGUCAAGAAGUCUACCGUCAUGAAGACCAUCUUUGCGCGCCACACCGCUCAUCCCGGUCUCGCUUUUGGUGAGCUGACAGCGCUUCUCUGCUGCGCACACCAAUCGAGGGUCAAUGCUGACCAUAUUUCGGCCACAUUGACAGUCUGGCCAUUGGUCCUAGAGCACCUCAGCGUCAGCCACGAUGAAGAUGCGGAAGACAAACAAGGCCACGUCGCUUGA